UUGGCCGGCCUGCUACAAGCCGAAGACCUAACGCUGCUAACGCCGGCAGGUUGUUUGCAAACAUGGCUGUCAACCUAGUGAAGCACAAGGAUGAGCUCCUUAGCGCAUGGAAAGAAGUGGUGGAUGAUAAAGACGAGACCAACUGGGCCUUGUUUGGUUAUGAUAAGCAGACAUACGACCUUUGCCUGGUUGGAAAAGGAGCUGGGGGCCUCGAGGAGCUGACUGAAGAACUAAACUGUGGAAAGAUAAUGUACGCAUUCUGCAGGGUGCAAGAUCCCAACACAAGUAUCUCAAAAUUCAUCCUCAUCAACUGGCAAGGUGAAGGAGCACCAUUAGUAAAGAAAGGCUGCUGUGCAAAUCACUUUAUGGAUAUUAGCAACUUUUUUCGGGGUGCACACAUCACAAUCACAGCAAGAAAUGAGGAUGAUGUGGAUCCUUCACUCAUACUGGACAAGCUUUCUAAGUGCACUGUGUCUUCCUUCAACCUUAGGGAACGCUCUGACCCAACAGAGAGCUCUAGACCAAUUGGAAGUGUCUACAAGCGCAUACAACCAGCCAGGGAGAUAUCUACGACAGAGAGAGAAAAGUUUUGGAUGAAGGAACAGGAGGAAGAGAAGAAACGCAUUGAGGAAGAAAAGCUUAAAGCUGAGGCAACUCGAAAUCGUCUGGCUGAGGAAGUGAAAGAGCGUGAGUUGAAGGAUGCUCGAGCAAGAGAGGAGUGGUUCAAGGAACGAUCGCUCUCGAUAGAUAAAAUGCGGGAGGCAGAGAAGAAUGCCCAGAACUCUUCGCACAACAAAGUGAACAAAAAACUUUGGGAGCAGCAGCUGCAAGAAGACAUGCAAGAUGAAGAAGAACGGAAACACCGGUCGCAGAGUUUGAGGAAUCAGCGGAGUGAGGAAGCACAGGCGCUGAUUGCCCAGCGGACCAUCAACGCAAAGGCCAUGUUUGAACCCUCCACGUACUCUGGUACCUACGCCUCCCAAGCUGCUUGUGUUGAAAAUCAUGCAUCUGCAAAACACACUAAUCAUGGGAGCACGGCCUCAAGAGCUGAUGCAUGUGCUAGCCCGCAUGCCGUGCAGAACAAUCGGGAUGCAGCUGUCACAUCGCCUCCGGCUGAGUUCACAUACACACGCAACCAGCUUCAGGACACAGAGUCUACUCGAUCAGAGCCUGAGACUGAGCAGACUCACAAUCAGAGCUGGGAAGCCGGGGGAGCUGCUGGGGCCUCUGUGUGUGCAGCUGAGGUAGUGGAUGAACACAGCACUGACUUGAGCCAAGCGCAGCUGGCAACUGUGGAAAGCAGUGAUCCAGGACUAAGGGCUCGGGCUCUGUAUGACUACCAAGCUGCUGACGACACGGAGAUUUCGUUUGACCCCGAUGACAUCAUCACGCAUAUUGAACAGAUCGAUGAAGGCUGGUGGCAAGGCUUGGGGCCUGAUGGUACCUAUGGUCUCUUCCCUGCCAAUUAUGUGGAGCUCGUUGAAUGAACCAUGUUUUGUGCAGCUGCAAGUAUAGUUGUUAAGCUGCUGGCACACAUCACUGACACCUAAGUUUUAUGCACACUAGAUAUAUGCAUUUAUAUAAUUGUAGCAUUAAAUGGCAGCCCAGAUGCAACACUGUGCAUCUCUUCUCUAUUACUCUUGAUGGCUGGAGGUGCUGAGUGGAGCUUGUCUGUUUGUUACUAGUAGUCUUUACACUGCAACAUUUCUGGCUGGCGAUUUUUUUGCCAGUUUGUUGUCAGGCUGUUCUUGAGCCAAGUAUGGAUUAGAACUCCAUUAAUGGUAUACUUCUACACUAGGCAUGCUACUCCAUGUGGCUUGUGCAGCCCUGUAGCAGAAAGUUAAAAGCCAGGAUUUUAUAACUUGAGGAAUGCCAGCCUUUGAUGCUUGCAUAGACAGAUGCAAAUUUGGUUGAAAUUAGAGGACCAGCAUGGCAAUGGUAUUUUGCUGGUUGCUAAGGAGGGCACAGCUUUUCACCUUAAUAAGGCAUGUUCGAAUGUUGCUUGUGGUAUGCGCAACUCACAUUUUAUUUUGACACUGGAGACAAGGUGUGCACAGUGCUGCAAAGUUGCUGUUGAUAUCAGGGCUCUGUUUUUGUCACGCUUGUAUUCUUUGCCAUGCUUCUUUACUGCUGAUCACAUUCUCAAGAGGUUUUCUUGUACUGGCUACAAAAGCUAUGGUUUGCAUUUUUGGACUUCCACUCUAAGCUAGUGCUUCCUAGCCGUGUGUCCUUAAGCACACUUGCACGCCAUUGGGGCUGCACUAGGUGUUCGCAUUAGCUAUACAAUUUGUCGUAGGAUGUUUUCCCUGUUUCUUGUGUUCAUGUGUUCUUCAAAGGUGCCAGUAGCGUUUUAGUCCUGCAACAAGUCUUUUCCUUGCAUUUGAAAAAUAAAAAGUGAGGCUUGUUGCAAGUGUUCUACAAAGCUAAGUCAUGUUGAUGAAAGCAAUGUGCUGAGUGUGAGCCACACCUUUUACAGUGAUGGCAUGUGAAACGUGAAGCCUGUAAGCAGGUCUCAGGAGUAUAUACACUACUAUGUACUAACUGCUGAUUUACCAAAAAAAAAAAGAGAGAGAGAGAGAAUGCAUGUUUGCAAUCCGCUUAUAAUGAUGUUCACAAAACCAAAAAGUCCGAUUGUUAUGAAGAGCUAUCCAGGGACACCUGUGCGCUUGUGUGAGGGCAGCAACUCCUUGUCUCUGUGUCGUGACUAGGUGGAGCUUUAAAAAAGUGUACCUUUCAAGAUAGUUCAGUCAUGUGCCUAUUUUGAAGUUGGAGCAUUCACUUGGUAAAGAGGAAACAAGGAACAAAAAACUUACUUUAGUGCUUAAGGAACUAAGUAAAUUUGUAUCAUGUACCCAUAAGAAAGUCCAAAAUUGAGCUAUCAUUCUGUGGCACAUAGUGCAGUGCAGUAUGCAGACAGUUCACAUACAGUUAAACCUGGAUAUAACGAAAUUGACAAAUUCCCGAAAAACUUCGUUAUAAAGAGGAUUUCGUUAUAUGCAGGAUUCGGCACGAAAAUUCGAAAAAUAAACGUUUACCGUAUUUACUCGAUUCUAACGCGCCCUCAAUUGUAACGCGCACCCGUUUUCCGUUUUCGUCGAAGCACUCAUCCUCGGAAUGUCACACCAGGUACCGGAUGCGUGGACGCGUGUCGUUUCGCACAAGCGCGAGGCAUCGGAAACGAAGAGCGAGCGUCACGAUGGCGUCGUAGCGUCGUAUAGUGUUACAGUAGAACCUCGUUGUUACGUUCCCAGGGGCUGCGUUUUCCCGGCUGUUACGUCGUUUUCGACUGGUCCCGGCACAGCUCCCGUAGAACGCAAUGCAUUGGUAACCCCGCUGUUGCGUCGCAACUGUGGGACCAUUCCCGCAUCAUAUGUUGCGAACUGCCGGCCUGAGCGUCCAUUUUGACUUUUCAUGUCGCUUGGCUUGGUGGCUUGACGAUGGCAUUGGCCGCCCAAAGUGCCGGGGGCGACAACUAUGACGUAUUUUCGGUUUCCGCCAGCAAAAGUAUGGCCCUUGAGAUCCGUAUUUGCUAUAUAAAGAUGGUAACGAUGGUGUCAGUGGCGCACCGACGGGGGGGGAUUCGGGGGUUGUAACCCCCCCCCUGAGGCCGACUUAACCCCACCUUUUGUUUAACCCCUUUUCUUUCCUUACGCAUUUGAGUACUGCAACUAAGAUGUAAGACGCGCAAUCGUCUGCACGCUCGCAAAAAGCGCAUUUUUUUACAAUUUCCCGUGAAGAAAUCGAAAUUAGUGCUGUUUAGAUGGUAUUGGCAAACUGUCAA